AUGUUCAGGUACUUUAUCGGGUGCCUUGCGGUCGGUAUACUUCUUCGCUUCCUUUGCCUGAAUCUUGCACCCUCGCCAGUUCUUCAAAGUAUUGGACAUGCCGCGAAUGAGGACUGGUUACGAUGUAAUAUCUUCUUGGUUCUUAUAUCCCAUCUAGUAAAAGAAGAAGUUACAAUAUUCCACAAUCCGAGUGUUAUAAACGGCUCUCCCGCAAUCACACAGACUCUUGAAUUUAUUGGAUUCCUAGCUUUUCUUUCAUUUGAUUCCCUGAAAGAUGAUAUGCGCAUUCCGUUGUCCAUUUUUGUGUUUGCUUUCAAUCCCUUCUCUAUUUUUGCCUUUGGCAAUCGUUCGAUCGGCAUUAUCCCUGUAAUUUUUACUGUUCUCAUCUUCGUUGCAUUGAUUAAAGGUCGAACUUUGGUUGCUAGCAUCCUUUGUGGAGUUGGGUCUUACAUAAACAUAUAUCCCAUCUUCCUUAUGCUUGCUGUGCUAGCUCGAUGUCGAGAUCGUAAAUCUUGCGUGUGCUCCUCACUCUUUGCCUUUGUUUUUACACUCGGCAGUCUUCUCUUCGCCACCUACUAUUAUGAAAAGAGCUGGAGUUUUUUGAGACACUGCUACCUCUCAAAUAUUUACGCCCGAAACACUACCCCGAAUUUGGGACUCUUCUGGUAUAUGUAUGUAGAAAUGUUUCCACAUUUCAAUGUCUUCUUCGUUUGGACUAUGCAACUCAUCAUAUUCUCAAUAUGUUGUGGUCUACUGUUUCGAUUCUACGAAGAUCCACCUUUCUUGGCACUUCUCAUUACUAUGACAACGGGCGUUCUGAGACCCUACAAUAGUGUCGCCGAUCUGGGCUGUUCUCUGGCCUUGCUCAUGCACUGGCGCCAUCUUUUCAUCUGUGAGUUCUUCCUUCUUGGGUAA